AGAAAGGGAAAGAGCAAAGGCGCGUCGUGAAUUCGAAGCUUCGCCGAAAAAUUGCCCCAAAGCCGAUCGCCAACGCCAACGCCAACAACUACAACUGACAACUAACAACAUUUCUUGCCGACGACCACACGAAAUGCUUCUUGGACUUACGAGUUGACGACCAAAGCUCUUCUAACAUAGCGACUCGCUGUUAUUAUUUUUCUUUUUUCUAUAGUUAAUAAUAAACACCUUCGAAGCUUUCAAAUUCGCUUUAACCCUUGUACUUAACCAACAAACGGAACGGACACCGACUUUUUGAAGCUGUAACCCUACGAAAUACGAAAUUUACGGUUUUGGCGGCGAAGGAUUAGACGGUUAAGGGUUCGAGUGUCAAAGGGAAAGGGGAGAAAGGAGUGGAUACAUACGAAACGAACCGCUGUUCAAACGCCCAAACGCCCAGACGCCCACAAUGACAGAUUCCCUCCACAACGCGCCCAUUGUUCUGGACAAUGGCUCGGGUACAAUUCGUGCGGGCUUCGCGGGAGAUGAUCUACCUAAAUGUUACUUCCCUUCCUUCGUAGGUCGACCAAAGCACUUGCGAGUGCUCGCCGGUGCCUUAGAAGGUGAGGUGUUCAUUGGCCAAAAGGCGGCGACGGAGCUGAGAGGACUCUUGAAGAUAAGAUACCCCUUGGAACAUGGCAUAGUCACAGAUUGGGAUGAUAUGGAGAAGAUAUGGGAGUACGUCUACAACGAAGGACUUAAAACCAUUAGCGAGGAGCAUCCCGUCCUCUUAACUGAACCGCCACUUAACCCACGAGCAAAUCGUGAUACAGCAGCCCAAAUACUAUUCGAGACUUUUAACGUCCCUGCUUUAUACACAUCCAUCCAAGCUGUUCUCUCCCUUUACGCUAGCGGACGUACCACGGGUUGUGUACUAGACUCAGGCGAUGGUGUCUCACACGCGGUGCCGGUGUACGAAGGAUUCGCAAUACCAUCUUCUAUGAGACGUAUCGAUGUUGCAGGCCGUGACGUCACCGAGUAUAUGCAAACACUACUGCGCAAGAGCGGCUAUAUCUUCCACACGAGCGCCGAAAAGGAAGUGGUACGGUUGAUCAAGGAAGCCGUGUCAUACGUGGCCUUAAAUCCCAAGCAGGAAGAGAAGGAUUGGCAGAGCGCUAAGUUAGACCAGGGCAAGACGGCGGAAUAUGUGCUACCGGACGGUAACCGGCUACGUGUGGGCCAAGAACGAUUUCGCGCACCUGAGAUUCUGUUCGAUCCAGAAAUCAUCGGGUUGGAGUACCCGGGUAUCCAGCAGAUCGUGACAGACGCUAUAAACCGGACGGACUUGGACUUGCGAAAAGCUCUCUAUGCCAAUAUCGUGUUGUCUGGCGGCAGUACGCUGACCAAGGGGUUCGGUGACCGUCUGCUGAGCGAAGUCAAGAAACUCGCUGUCAAGGACAUGCGGAUCAAGAUCUUCGCGCCGCCCGAGCGAAAGUACUCGACCUGGAUCGGAGGUAGCAUUCUUGCAGGUUUAAGCACGUUCAGAAAGAUGUGGGUUAGUGUCGACGACUGGCACGAGGAUCCUGAUAUUAUCCACAAAAAACUCACAUAAUCUCCCCCCUACCCGAGUUCUUUUUCGGAAAAACAAAGAAUAGAAUAAGGUCGGGAGAUAACCACCCAAGAGCCGUAACUCGGAUCAAGAAGUGGGAGUCGACGAGUUAUAAACUAGCCCACUCCGGAUCUGAAUGCAGUAGAUACAAGGGGGUUUAUAUUUAAGGCAGCAUAGCGUGAGUGCUGCGAGAGGCUCAUUUCCACUCCAAGAAAUCCAGAGAUGAUGUCGGUGGCGUAUUAUCGCACAGGACACUGUAGGUAGGUUUUAAGGCUCUCGCAAUGUCCUGGAUGAAGGGGAAGAGGGGCAAGUAAAGGAAUGGGGGGGAAAGAGAAGCCGGCAAGCUUGUGUGUCAAAUUAUUGGCGGAAUACCUUAAAGUCAUCUAUGUAGAUGAAUGAUACCCAGGCGUUGAAGAUCCCACAUUCGAUGAUUUACGUGUUACGUGAUAGUGAUGAUACCUAUACCCACGGUUGGGUUUUGAGUUCGCCUACGCUGGUCACAGAGCGUGAGCUUCUGGAG